AUGGAUAACGUUGUAGAUCCGUGGUAUAUAAAUCCCUCAGGCUUCGCGAAAGACACUCAAGAUGAGGAGUAUGUUCAACAUCAUGAUAAUGUCAAUCCUACCAUACCCCCACCCGACAAUUAUAUUUUGAAUAAUGAAAACGAUGAUGGCCUCGAUAACUUGUUAGGUAUGGACUACUAUAACAUCGAUGACCUGUUGACUCAAGAGUUAAGAGAUCUGGAUAUUCCUUUAGUGCCUUCUCCUAAGACGGGCGAUGGUUCUUCUGAUAAAAAGAAUAUUGAUAGAACUUGGAACCUUGGUGAUGAAAACAACAAAGUCUCCCACUAUAGCAAAAAAUCAAUGUCCUCACACAAGAGAGGUCUAAGUGGCACAGCGAUAUUUGGAUUUCUCGGCCAUAAUAAGACAUUGAGUAUUUCCAGUUUACAGCAAUCCAUUCUAAAUAUGUCUAAAGAUCCGCAACCCAUGGAACUCAUAAAUGAAUUGGGUAAUCAUAAUACGGUAAAAAAUAACAAUGAUGACUUUGACCAUAUAAGGGAAAAUGAUGGUGAAAAUAGCUAUUUGAGCCAAGUUUUGUUGAAACAGCAGGAGGAGUUAAGAAUUGCUCUUGAAAAACAAAAGGAAGUGAACGAAAAAUUGGAGAAGCAGUUGAGAGACAAUCAAAUACAGCAAGAAAAGUUGCGUAAAGUAUUAGAAGAGCAAGAAGAGGUGGCGCAGAAGUUGGUUUCUGGGGCUACAAAUUCUAAUUCCAAACCUGGAUCUCCAGUAAUACUAAAGACACCUGCCAUGCAAAACGGUAGAAUGAAAGAUAAUGCUAUAAUCGUCACAACGAACUCUGCAAAUGGCGGAUAUCAAUUUCCUCCUCCGACGUUAAUAUCGCCUCGGAUGUCAAAUACUUCAAUAAAUGGUUCACCAUCCAGGAAAUACCAUAGGCAACGAUAUCCAAAUAAAAGCCCAGAAAGUAAUGGAUUGAACCUUUUUUCCUCUAACAGUGGUUAUUUGAGAGAUUCUGAACUGCUUUCAUUUUCUCCACAAAAUUAUAAUUUAAACUUGGACGGCUUGACUUAUAAUGACCAUAAUAACACCAGUGAUAAAAACAAUAAUGAUAAAAAAAAUAGUACUGGUGAUAACAUAUUCCGUCUGUUCGAAAAGACUUCCCCGGGUGGGCUAAGUAUCUCUCCAAGGAUAAAUGGAAAUAGUUUGAGAUCGCCCUUCCUCGUCGGCACAGAUAAAAGCAGGGAUGAUCGAUAUGCUGCUGGCACGUUCACGCCUAGAACACAGUUGUCACCUAUCCACAAGAAAAGGGAAUCCGUAGUUUCCACGGUCUCGACAAUAUCACAACUGCAGGAUGACACUGAACCCAUCCACAUGCGAAAUACCCAGAACCCAACAUUAAGAAAUGCAAACGCUUUAGCGUCAUCAAGUGUACUACCUCCUAUUCCUGGUUCCAGCAAUAACACUCCAAUUAAGAAUUCUUUGCCACAAAAACAUGUAUUUCAACAUACUCCCGUCAAAGCUCCACCAAAGAACGGAAGUAACCUAGCUCCGCUUCUAAAUGCACCGGAUUUAACAGAUCAUCAGUUAGAAAUUAAGACACCCAUACGAAAUAACAGUCACUGUGAAGUGGAAAGCUAUCCGCAAGUACCACCUGUCACACAUGAUAUUCACAAAAGCCCCACUUUGCAUAGUACGUCUCCUUUACCAGAUGAAAUAAUACCUAGGACUACGCCAAUGAAAAUAACCAAGAAACCAACUACUCUGCCUCCGGGUACCAUUGACCAGUACGUCAAGGAACUACCCGACAAACUAUUCGAGUGCUUAUACCCUAACUGUAACAAAGUAUUCAAGCGUAGAUACAACAUAAGGUCGCAUAUUCAGACACAUUUGCAAGAUAGACCGUAUUCAUGCGACUUUCCCGGUUGCACCAAGGCGUUUGUUCGCAAUCAUGAUUUAAUAAGACACAAAAUCUCCCAUAAUGCCAAGAAAUACAUCUGCCCAUGCGGAAAGAGAUUUAAUAGGGAGGAUGCUCUAAUGGUGCAUAGAAGUCGGAUGAUUUGCACCGGCGGUAAGAAAUUAGAACAUUCGAUCAACAAGAAACUUACAUCUCCCAAAAAAAGCCUGCUUGACAGCCCGCAUGACACAAGUCCCGUAAAAGAAACUAUCGCCCGGGAUAAAGAUGGGAGCGUCCUAAUGAAAAUGGAGGAACAGCUGCGAGAUGAUAUGCGCAAACAUGGAUUACUGGAUCCACCCCCAUCCACAGCAGCGCACGAGCAAAACUCGAACCGCACCCUUUCAAACGAAACUGAUGCUCUCUGA